GUUGAGUUUAGACGCCAACAAGGAUCCAUCCAACGAUUAAAUACAUUUUUUUACAUUAAUUCAUUUUCGUUUUGUUGGCCGAUAAAGACACUCUAAACUGCCAAAAUGUGUGAUGAUGAUGCUGGUGCUUUAGUCAUUGACAACGGUUCGGGUAUGUGCAAAGCUGGCUUUGCCGGUGAUGACGCCCCCCGUGCUGUCUUCCCCUCCAUUGUUGGUCGUCCCCGUCACCAGGGUGUGAUGGUCGGUAUGGGUCAGAAAGACUCCUACGUUGGUGACGAGGCUCAGAGCAAACGUGGUAUUUUAACAUUGAAAUACCCCAUCGAACACGGUAUCAUCACCAACUGGGAUGAUAUGGAGAAGAUCUGGCAUCACACCUUCUACAAUGAAUUGCGUGUAGCCCCCGAAGAACAUCCAGUAUUAUUGACUGAGGCCCCCUUGAACCCCAAGGCCAAUCGCGAGAAGAUGACUCAGAUUAUGUUUGAAACCUUUAACUCGCCAGCCAUGUAUGUUGCCAUCCAAGCCGUGUUGUCAUUGUAUGCUUCCGGUCGUACCACCGGUAUUGUGUUGGACUCUGGUGAUGGUGUCUCCCACACCGUGCCCAUCUAUGAAGGUUUCGCUUUGCCACAUGCCAUUUUGCGUUUGGAUUUGGCCGGUCGCGAUUUGACCGACUACUUGAUGAAGAUCUUGACUGAACGUGGCUACUCUUUCACCACCACUGCCGAGCGUGAAAUUGUGCGUGACAUUAAGGAAAAGUUGUGCUAUGUUGCUUUGGACUUUGAGCAGGAAAUGGCCACCGCUGCUGCCUCCACCUCUUUGGAAAAGUCCUAUGAAUUGCCUGAUGGUCAAGUGAUCACCAUUGGUAAUGAGCGUUUCCGUUGCCCCGAAGCUCUCUUCCAACCCUCUUUCUUGGGCAUGGAAUCUUGCGGUAUCCAUGAGACUGUCUACAACUCGAUCAUGAAGUGCGAUGUCGAUAUCCGUAAGGACUUGUAUGCCAACUCUGUAUUGUCCGGUGGUACCACCAUGUACCCUGGUAUUGCUGAUCGUAUGCAAAAGGAAAUCACUGCCUUGGCUCCAUCCACCAUUAAGAUUAAGAUCAUUGCUCCACCUGAAAGAAAGUACUCCGUAUGGAUCGGUGGUUCUAUCUUGGCUUCUCUAUCCACCUUCCAACAGAUGUGGAUCUCGAAGCAAGAAUACGAUGAAUCUGGUCCUGGUAUUGUUCACCGCAAAUGCUUCUAAAUCUUUUCGCUGCAAAAGAUUCCGACAAGCUUUAGCCAAGAUCAGAACCUCCAAUUAUGUUUUAAAUACAACAUUCAACAAACACCAACAUCAACCACAACAGCACACAUCCACUUUAAUUUUUAGUUUUAUUGUAAAAAAAACCUAUUAACAAAAAAACAAAAAACCAAAAAAAGCACCAACAUCAGUAACAAACAAAAUAACAA